UCUGUUGGCAAACUUUGACGCGCCCUGAGUUUCACAGUGUAGAUGCGUUAGAUAGAAACUAUUUGUUAGCGACUGACUUGAAUUUUUUAUUUUCACGGUGAUAAGACGUCCGACGCCUCUAAUCUCAUUGUCUGACCGUGAGCGGAGCUAUAUUAUCCUCCACCUGCUCUUCCUUGUUUCGGAGUUUGCCCUCGCUUUCAACAGGAGCCUAACUUUCACUGCAAGGCAACUUCUUUCACACUGAUACUUUGGCACAAGCCGAUACAUUGUGUCUGCACUUUAUGAGCUACUGGAAGGCAGCACUUUUAUUUCCUUCAUCUAAAGAGUAAACAUAUUGGCAGACACAAGAGCUGUUGAAAGAAAAGCGGUCAAAGCGUCUUGCUCUCUGGGAAUUAUAAGUUAAUCGUUUAUUUGGAAGGGGAAGAGGACAGUUUGUUAAAGAGGGCAAAAGUUUAACAGCACCAUGAAUUUGGUUUUCCAGAUGUGGAUAAUUUUAUUGUUGGCCACUUUAAGCAAAGUCGGGAAGGCUCAGGUCGCCAAUGCCAAAGUGUUGAGGGGCAACAGCAGAAGAGACGACUUGUACCACAAGGACGAAAACAUCACGGUGACUCCAGCGGGUGGCAUCAUCUUCAGCCCAAACUACCCCAAAGCUUAUCCCCGCAACCUGUGUCUGUCAUGGAAACUGCUAGCACCACCUGGGAGCCUCAUCCACCUUCAGUUUGAUGAACAGUUCCACCUGGAGGAGCCUGUGAAUGGAAAGUGCAGUCAUGACUUUGUUGAAGUGGAGGAAAAAUCACAGACCACCAUUAUAAAGUGGGGUCGUUGGUGUGGGCAGAAGGCACCCUCCAGACUGACUUCAAAAUCCAACACACUCAGAAUCAUCUUCAAUUCGGACGAUUACUUUGUGGCAAAGCCGGGAUUCAAAAUCUACUACUCACUGCUGGGUGACACCAAUUGGGAGGCUGUCACUGAACUCAUGUUGGACAUGAGUGCAAACGAGAUGCCAGCCACAGAGGUUCCUCAGACACUGGAGAACUUGGAUAGAACCAUAGCUGCCUUUGACACUGUAGAGCAGCUUCUUCAGUCUUUGAGCCCAGAUACUUGGAGACAAGAUCUGGACAAUAUCUACACUCAAUCAUAUAUAUAUUAUAGAUCCAAGUCCUAUCAUCUGGCAAGCCGACAGAGUAAAGGGGUGCCCAAACUUUUUGAGACCAAGAUCUACUUUUUCUGUCACCAGCCGGCUGAGAUCCACCUCAUAACACGAAGAUAUAAAAAUUUUGAUCUGAAUCGUCUCCAUGACGAUGUCAAGCGGUAUAGCUGCACACCUCGGAACUACUCUGUGAACCUUCGGGAGGAGCUGAAGACCACCAACGCUGUCUUCUUCCCUCGAUGUCUGCUGGUGAAACGCUGCGGAGGCAACUGUGGCUGUGGGACCAAUAACUGGAACACCGGCUGUUCCUGUCAGCCCUCGAAAACCACCAUAAAACUACACGAGGUGCUGAAGUAUGCCCCAGAGACCACUCCGCACAAGCACCAGCAGAGGCAGCGGGUGCGCUGGGCUAUUGAUGAAAUUUUCCUCUCGCAUCAUGAAAUGUGCGAAUGUGCGUGUCCGCUGCAGCCUCCUCGCUGAGACACUGAUUCCGGCUCGUACGUCUAGAACUGAUGGAUGAAUUCUUUUCCCUGUUUUGCAAUAGAGUCUAUAUCCCAAACAGCACCGCUGACAAACAUGCAGCAGAAAAGAGGGCAACAAUCUGACGGAUGCACUGCAGCUUGCAUUGUACAAAAUGACAUUUGCUUCAGAAAGUAAAUGACUUUCUCUGAGCAUAGAUUGCUUUCUUCCUUUAGAAGUGGACAAAAGUUUCCGAUGAAACAAUUUCUCAUGUUUCUUUAAGCCUUCUCUGUUCAUACCAAAUCUUAACUCAAUGUACUGUGUCUUACAGGAGUAUUAAAACGCUUCAACCUU